AAACCCUCGCGUCGUCCCCUCCGCUCCGAAACCCCCGACGCCAAGGAAACCCUCGCGAGCCCGCAGCCGCCUCCGCCCCCGCCCCCGCCGCCGCCCGAAUCCGGCCGGUGCCAGCGGCCCCGGACCCCCGCCGCUCCAGCCCCCGAGGGAGCGCUGCGCAGCAGCAGCAGCAACAGUGCUUGACGAGGAGGGAGUUAUGGCAGGAAUGGCCGGGAAGGGGGACGAAUCGGUUGCGCCCGUGAGGUCCAGCGACCGGCUGCGGCAGCGGCCCAAGUACUACGGGCGGGGAUACCUGUACUACUCGCCCAACAUGCGCAACAAGAUGAACUCCAACAAGAAGCGGACGGCUGCAUCGCAGAUCGCCAAGAAGCUGCUUCGCAAGCCAGCUGCACGGGAACCUCCUGCCGAUUCCAUUGCAGCAAAUCUGCGCCGUUCAACGCGGAAGCGAAGAAUGUCCGUAACUCUGGAGGACUAUGGCACAGAUAGUUCCAGUAUGGAAGAUGAUGACCUUAUGAGACCCAGAUAUCGGUCUUCAUCAAAGAGUAAAGGGGAUGAUCAAGUGUCGGCACGGCCGAAGCGCAAGAAAAUGUCUAACUCUAACUCCAUUCCCCGCCGUGAAGGUUUAAGGCCUAGAAGAUCUCUGCGGGGACAAAGGCAUCUUCCAUACCAAGUUUCUGAUGAUGAUCAGGAAAGUUCUGAAGAAGAACAUGAACAAGAUCAGAGAGAAAAUGGCAAUGAAAUCGAAGAGGAUGGUGCCAAUGAAGAGGAGAUUGAUGGAGGUGAUGAAGCUGAAGAAGAUGGAGAUGAUGAAGACGGCGAGGAAGAGCAAGAAGUUAGGAGGAGAUAUGAUCUAAGGGAUCGUGCAGAAGUUCGUAGACCCUCCCCACAGAAGGAAGGGAAGCACAGACCACAAUCUCCCCGCAGAGUACUUGUACAAGGAGUUGGUCCAAAGAACAGCAAGUAUUUAAAAAAAGGUGGUUCACGCAUGCAUAAGCGCCCUCGUUUUUCAAUGCCAGAUGAUUCAGAUGAUUCUCUUCUUGUGGAUGAGCCGGAUGAAGGUCCACCCAUGCCAUGGAUGCGUAGUGGGAGAGGUGGUAUGCCACCAUGGCUUAUGGGUGGAUUGGACAUGCAUAAUUCAGCAGCAUGGGGUCUCAAUGCUGGAGCAUCUGGAUGGGGUCAUCAGGGUGAUACUGGAGUCAGUACUUCAUCACUUAUGCCAGGGGCACAAACUGCUGGCCCAAGUUCCAAGGGAGGAGCUGAUAUUCAGCCUCUGCAGAUUGAUGAGAGUGUAAGUUUUAAUGAUAUUGGAGGUUUGUCUGAGUACAUUGAUGCCUUAAAGGAAAUGGUGUUCUUCCCUUUGCUGUAUCCAGAUUUUUUUGCAAACUAUCACAUAACUCCUCCUAGGGGAGUUCUUCUCUGUGGACCUCCUGGUACAGGGAAGACAUUGAUUGCCCGUGCAUUAGCUUGUGCUGCCUCUAAAGCUGGCCAGAAGGUCAGCUUUUAUAUGCGAAAAGGAGCUGAUGUUCUUAGUAAAUGGGUUGGAGAGGCUGAAAGGCAGCUCAAGUUACUUUUUGAGGAAGCUCAAAAGAAUCAGCCUGCAAUCAUAUUUUUUGAUGAAAUAGAUGGCCUUGCCCCUGUGAGAUCUAGCAAGCAAGAGCAGAUUCACAAUUCAAUAGUCUCAACAUUGCUUGCUUUGAUGGACGGUCUUGAUUCACGUGGACAAGUUGUUUUGAUUGGAGCAACCAAUCGGAUUGAUGCCAUUGAUGGGGCAUUGCGUAGACCUGGCCGUUUUGAUCGCGAGUUCUAUUUUCCUUUACCUGGCUAUGAGGCACGAGCUGAAAUACUGGAUAUUCAUACACGGAAAUGGAAGGAACCCCCGCCAAAGGAGCUAAAGAUGGAGCUUGCUGCGAGCUGUGUUGGGUAUUGUGGUGCUGAUUUGAAAGCAUUAUGUACUGAAGCUGCUAUUCGAGCAUUUAGGGAGAAAUAUCCUCAGGUUUACACAAGUGAUGACAAGUUUGUCAUUGAUGUAGACUCGGUCAGGGUUGAGAGGAACCACUUCUUGGAAGCUAUGUCUACAAUAACUCCAGCUGCACAUAGGGGAUCAAUUGUGCAUUCAAGACCACUGUCACCGGUUAUUGCUCCAUGUUUGAAGAGACAUCUUGAGAAGAUAAUGGAAAGGAUUUCUGAUAUUUUUCCUUACCUUUCAGCAUUGGAUCUUAGCAAAUACUCUACCCUUUCAUAUGGAUCUUCCAUCCCUCUUGUUUAUAGGCCUCGCCUUUUGAUGUGUGGCGUUGAGGGUGUUGGACUGGAUCAUGUUGGGCCAGCUGUUUUGCAUGAGCUUGAGAAAUUUCCUGUGCACUCCUUGGGGCUGCCAUCUCUUCUCUCUGAUCCAAGUGCAAAGACACCUGAAGAAGCUCUUGUGCAUAUUUUUGGGGAAGCAAGGAGAACAACACCGUCCAUACUCUACUUGCCACAGUUCCAUCUUUGGUGGGAUACGGCACAUGAACAGCUUAGGGCAGUGUUAUUGACUCUUCUGAAUGAAUUGGCAUCCAACCUUCCAGUAUUGUUGCUAGGAACAUCAUCAGUGGCCUUUGAUGAUCUCGAAGAAGAGUGUGCUUCCAUAUUUUCUUCUCGUAAUGUAUAUCAAGUGGAUCGACCAAGUGAUGAUGAUAGAUUAAGAUACUUCAGUAUACUGUUUGAGUCACUGCUCUCACUUCAAAUGGAAGAUUCAAGAAGCAAGUCAAAAGAGCAAAAGUCUAUCGAUCUUCCAAAAGCACCAAAGAAAGUAGAUGGGCCUAAGGUUUCUGAGCUGAAAGCUAAGGCAGAAGCUGAGCAACACGCUGUUCGUCGGAUGAGAAUGUGUCUACGAGAUAUUUGUAACCGCAUUCUAUACAACAAAAGGUUCACUGCAUUUCACUUCCCAGUAUCAGAAGAGGAAGUACCUGACUAUCGAACAAUAGUUCACAACCCCAUGGAUAUGGCUGCUGUCUUGCAGCGGGUGGACUCUGGACAGUACUUCUCUCAGGCAGCAUUUUUGAAGGAUAUUAAUCUUAUAGUCACCAAUGCAAAGACUUAUAAUGGCGACGAUUACAAUGGAUCUAGGAUCGUGAGCAGAGCAUGUGAACUUCGAGAUGUGGUGCAAGGUAUGUUGUCACAGAUGGACCCAUCGUUGGUAUCCUUUUGUGAUAAAAUUGCUGCACAAGGGGGACCACUGCAGGCUAUGGAUGAUGAGGAUAGCUCCAUCCUCCAAGCGCCGCCUGUUGUUCAGUUAGUUUCUGUUACUAGAACAAGUGCGAGGCUUCGUAAUGUACAACCAGAAGUUGAUCUGUCACGAAGUUAUGAGGUGCUAAAGCGGCACAAGAAAAGCACUGAAAACGAACAUGGCACCUCUGCCAAAGAAUCGACAGCAAGAGACGGAACGUCUUCUGGCGAUGUAGAUCUGUCAAAGCCAACUUCCCCAGAGGAAGCUCCAAAAGGACCACAUUCAAAUGGCCCUUUGAAAGAAGCUGACAAAGCACCAGAUGAAGCACCUCCAAUUCUACCUGGUUCUCCUUCCAACCCAAUGGAGACUGACAAUGGCGAAGAUUCUGCCAUGCCUACCAGCGAUGACACGCUUGAACAGCUGGAAGGCUUGAAGCAGCGCUUCAUGGAGCUCACCGUGGGCUACGGGGUGCCGCAGCUCGAGAGGCUCUACUCGCGGAUAAUGAAAGGCGCGAUAGAGUUGACAGGUAAAGAAACCAACAAGGAUCAUAGACGGUUAGUUGUUAGGCAUUUGUUGGCAUUCGUUGAGAACAGCGACAAUUUUUAACUCUAGCAGGAAUAAGAGGUUUUACUGGUUUUCCCUGUGUACAUUCUGUUGUCUGUUGGAGCAACAACCCCGAGGAGCUGUCCAUGCCUCCUGAUGUAGUGAUGUAACAACAUUUUCUGAAAUGCUCAGUGGCAUUACAACAGUUUUGUGUAGCAAGUUCUGUUCUGGUCUUUGAGGAUUUGAAUUUUCAGAACGGCCUUUUUUUAUCUA